ACAAGACAAUAGUGAAGACAAAGAGGUCCUAUAGGGAUCGGAGCGAGAGAAGCAAUAUUGAAGGGAAGAGUAUGGUAGACUUGUCACAAGAAAGUAAAUACGGAGUACGAAUAAGAAAAAACCUAUUGAAACUAAAAUGAACAAAUAAAUAAAAACAAUGUCAAGGUAAGGCAUGGUUUGGAUCCAAGUAUAUAUAUACAUUUUUUUUUUUAUAAUUUGUCCCACGCGUAUUCAAGUCUAGUUAUAUCAUACACAAUCAUGUCUAAAUGUCUAAUACGAAAUUACGGAUACAAUAAUUAGACCCUAUUCUUUUGAGCAUAGUAGAACAGGUGUCAGCAGAUCAAUUAACCACAGCAACUCAAAAGAUCGAACAGGACCUUAAAUGAUUUUUUUUUUUUUUUUUUUUUUUUUUUUUGGUGUUUAGAGAGCCACAAGAAUGAGUGAUGAAAAUCGAUCUCAAGAUCGACUGGAAUCAAGAGGAAAUCUCUAACCACAUGAUCUAUCCCUCGCUCUCUCACAAGACCUUAUAUGAUGCGCCCACCACCCCACACACACUUUCCACCUUAUCAAUCCUCAUGAAAACCAACAGCAAAUAAAAAUAUCAAAAAGACAAUGGAUUGCAUAUUUAUUACUCGUACAAAGGAAGUAUGUAACAAAUUAAAAAAAAAUGAUGGGCAUACAUACCAAUCUACAUCAUCUUAAACUGCAUGCACUGCCGUGGUAAGGUCAUUCAUAUUAAUCACAUUUUCUCCAUAUCAAUAAAUUUAGGCACCUACUUUUUCCCUUAUAAAUGCCCCUUCAUUUUUUUAAUUUCUUUCAUUUGAAAAACCCACCACCUUUCCAAAAUCAUUCAAACAACUAUAUUUAUAAUUUUACCAUUUAUAUAUACAUAUUCACCAAAAGAAUUAAAAAUUUAAAACCCAUAUCUUCCAAAAUAACAAAAAAAAAGGGGGCAAAAUGUUUCAUAAUAUUAUAGAUGCAAUUUCAGGAGAUAGUAGUAGUAACAAGAACAAGAAGCAAAUAAAUGGAAGAGUAAUAUUAAUGAAGAAGAACGUGUUGGAUUUUAAUGAUUUUAAUGCAUCAAUUCUUGAUAGAUUUGAUGAAUUGCUUGGUAAAAAGAUGUCAUUUCAGCUUGUUAGCUCUAUUAAUACCGACCCAGGCAAUGAAUCGAAAGGAAAACUAGGAAAGCCUUCAUAUCUAGGAGAUUGGCUCAAAAAUUUCACUGGUUUAACACCCGGGGAGUCAGCAUUUAAUAUUACUUUUGAUUGGGAUGAGGACAUUGGCGUUCCUGGCGCAGUAAUCAUAAAGAAUGAACAUCACAGUCAAUUUUACCUGAAGUCUGUCACCUUAGAAGACAUUCCUGAUUGUGGUAAAAUCAACUUUGUGUGUAACUCGUGGAUCUACCCAACUAAUCGUUACAAGAAGGACCGUAUUAUUUUCAGCAAUAAGACUUAUCUACCUGAUGAAACACCUGCACCUUUAAGCAAGUAUCGUGAAGAAGAGCUUGAGAUAUUAAGAGGAACCGGGGAAGGAAAGCUAGAGGAAUGGGAUCGUGUUUAUGACUAUGCAUACUACAAUGAUCUAGGAGAUCCGGAUAAAGGUCCCAAGUAUGCUCGUCCUGUACUUGGAGGAUCUGCUGAAUAUCCUUAUCCUCGGAGGGGAAGAACAGGCCGUCCCCCAACAAAGACAGAUCCUAAAACUGAGAGUAGACUUCCACUUCUAAAGGGUUUAGAUGUAUAUGUUCCAAGAGAUGAGAAAUUCGGACACAUAAAGAUGUCUGAUUUCCUGGGUUAUGCGCUUAAGUCCUUAUCCCAGGACUUUGCUGUUGGUCUUGAGUCUAUAUUCGACAAGGAUCGCAAUGAGUUUGACAGUUUCCAAGAUGAACUGGAUCUGUAUGAAGGAGGAAUUAAGCUACCACAGGGUGAUCUCAUUGAGAAGCUAAAGGAUAGCAUCCCAUUUGAAUUAGUAAAAGCUUUCCUUCAAACUGAUGGUGCUCCACUUCUAAAAUUUCCAAUGCCUGAUGUAAUCAAAGAGGAUAAGUCAGCUUGGAGGACUGACGAAGAAUUUGCAAGAGAAAUGUUAGCUGGUGUAAAUCCUCUAGCCAUUCGUCGUCUUGAGGUCUUUCCUCCUGUUAGCAAGCUUGAUCCCAAAUUAUAUGGAAACCAAAACAGUUCAAUCACCAAAGAACACAUCCAGAAGAGCCUUGGUGGAUUGUGUGUAGACGAGGCAAUUAAGAAAAAUAAGCUAUUUAUUCUAGAUCACCACGACACUUUGAUGCCAUUUGUAAGGCGAAUAAACUCCACUCCUUCAAAGAUCUAUGCCACCAGAACAGUUCUGUUCUUACAAAAUGACGGAACUCUGAAGCCUUUAGCUAUCGAGUUGAGUCUACCACAUCCUGAAGGUGAUAAAUUGGGUGCCAUUAGCAAGGUGUUUACACCUGCUCAUGAUGGUGUUGAAGGUUCGCUUUGGCAGCUUGCCAAAGCUUAUGUUGCAGUUAAUGAUUCUGGCCACCAUCAACUCAUCAGCCACUGGUUGCUAACUCAUGCAGUGAUCGAACCCUUUGUGAUUGCAUCAAAUAGGCAACUGAGUGUGCUUCAUCCAAUCCACAGACUUCUGCACCCUCAUUUCCGUUAUACUAUGGACAUAAACGCAGUAGCAAGACAAGUACUUCUUAAUGCUGAAGGACUCCUUGAGAAAACUGUAUUUCCUAGACAGUAUUCCAUGGAGCUGUCGUCAGCAGUGUAUAAGAGCUGGGUUUUCACUGACCAAGCCGUUCCUAAUGAUCUCGUUAAAAGGGGGGUUGCUGUGAAAGACGCUCAUAGCCCUCAUGGCUACAAACUACUGAUAGAGGACUACCCAUACGCCGUUGAUGCACUAGACAUCUGGUCAGCAAUUGAGACGUGGGUGAAAGAAUAUUGCUCAUUCUACUACAAGUCCGAUGACAUGAUCUGUAAAGACAUAGAACUACAGUCAUGGUGGAAAGAAAUCCGAGAAAAAGGCCAUGGUGAUAAGAAGGAUGAGAAAUGGUGGCCAGAUAUGAAGACAUUUAAUGAACUAACACAGACUUGCACCACCAUUAUAUGGAUUGCUUCAGCCCUCCAUGCUGCAGUCAAUUUCGGGCAGUACCCUUAUGCCGGGUACCACCCAAAUCGCCCAACUGUCAGUCGGAGGCUCAUGCCAGAGCCAAACACUCCAGAGUAUGAAGAGCUUGAGAAAAAGCCGGACAAUGUAUUCCUAAAGACAAUUUCAAACAAGUUCCAAAGUGUGUUGGGGAUUUCACUUAUAGAGCUUUUAUCUAGACAUCCUUCUGAUGAGAUCUAUCUUGGGCAAAGGGAGACCAGAGAGUGGACUGCAGAUACCAAACCAUUAGAAGCAUUUGAGAAAUUCGGGAAAACUUUGGAGGAAAUCGAAGACAAGAUUGUAGAGAGGAACAAAGAUGAGAAACAGAAGAAUCGAGUUGGUCCAGUGAAGAUGCCAUACACAUUGCUUUAUCCUACGAGUGAUGCAGGACUCACUGGCAGGGGAAUUCCUAACAGUACAUCAGUCUGAAGUAUGUGAACUGGAUUUAUUUUAUCUCAAGCAUGUAGCUUGACAAUUGUGUACAGCUACUUCGUUUGUUAGAUUGCCUGAAUUCUUCUAGAAAGAUUCUCUGGCCGUUAUUUUCUUUUCAGUGUAAUAAAGCUAGGCUUUGUCUUAUUGUAUAUAUAAGGUGCACUGUAUGCUUGCAGCUGGUAAUGAGAAAUGAUCAAUUUAU